AUGCAUUGGCAAUUGUUAUAUUUUAUUACAUUAUUAUCAAUGACAAUAAUUAAAUCGAAUGCAUCAUUUCUGUAUGAUACAAUUGAUAAUUCAAAAACAACUUUCGAUUGUCUUUAUGCUUAUAUAAAUGAUGAUGGUGAAUCAUAUGAACACGUUUCAUUUCGAACAAAUUAUCUAAUACCUUAUUGUCGACGUCCAUUAUCAAUCGAUCCUAUUAAUAAAAUACAAGGAUAUAUAGAAAAUACAGAUACAUUUAAGAAUUUACGUUUACAAGGAAUUACGAGUGAAAAUCUUCGUCAAUGGUCAAUAUCAAUUGAUAUUAUUGAACUAUAUUCUAUAUAUUUCAUUACAAAUGAUAUCGAAUCUGAUGAAUUUAUUUUUAAUAAUUGUUCAUCAUUAUGGUUUGGUUCGAAUUGUCAAUAUACAUUUAAUUUGAAUAUGUUUAUUGAAUCAUUCGGGGAUUUCGUAGAUUCUUCAUUUGAAGCUCGUCAAUACCAUAUAGAAGAAAACAUUGUAAUACAUACUUGUUAUCCUCAUUUAUCUGGAUGUCAUCGUGGUCCUGAACCGAUGUGUUUAGAUUGGCGUGAAAUAUGUGAUGGAAAAAUCGAUUGUAUUGGAGAGAACUUUGGUAUAGAUGAAGAAUAUUGUAGUGAACUUGAAAUAAAUGAAUGUAACGAAAAUGAAUAUCGAUGUCAUAACGGAGCACAAUGUAUUCCGCAUGAAUUCUUUCGUGAUAGUCGAUUAAGUAAAGAUUGCUUGGAUGGAACAGAUGAACCUGAAGAAUAUCGUCACGAGAUACAAGACACUGGUAGAUGCAUCGGUUCAAUGCGAUUCGCUUGUGAAGAGAAAACAUGUCGUCAACCACAAGAAUUUUCAUGUGGCAAUGGAUUUUGCGUAAAAUCUAACUUUGGUUUUGAUCGUAUUAGUAUGAGACAACAUGCUUGUAACGGUAUAGGUCGUACUGCCUACUAUCUUCAAGCAAUUUGUAAAUCAGCCAAACAAUAUCCGGAUGAUUGCUAUCUUUUAUUAUACUGUAAACUCGGCUUUUAUAACAUUCUCCAAAAUGAUACAUACAAUAUAGAAGAUUGUUUACGUGCAGAUUGGUCAUCAAUAAAUUGUACACUAGAAUAUCUUUCAUUUCCUCUUGAACCUAUUUUACAUGGUUAUUUUCAACCUAUUUAUUCAACUAAAAGCUUGAUCGAAAGUCAUAAUGAUAAUGGAUGGCCAAAAUAUAUCUAUACUGAUCCACGAUUAUGUUUAUAUUUGCCAAAACCAACAACUCAUAUCAAUGGUUUAGAUUGUCGUGAAGCUCCAAAACCUUCGCACAACAAUCGGCUUUUGUCAUAUAAUUUGGAAGAAGAUACUAAGAUUUGUGCAUUAACGGGAAAUAUUAAUAAAUACAAAUCAAAGUCAUCUUUAUUUUAUUGUGAACAAUCUCAUAAAUAUAUAUCGAAACAUCGUCUCAUUGAUGGUACUCAAGAUUGUAAUUAUAAUGAAGAUGAAAGUUAUAAUGAUAGUUGUUCAUUAAAUGAUACUCAACGCUUUACUUGUACAUCAGAAACAAAAUGUUUAUCACCUGUAGGUAUUGGCCAUGAUCAACCUGAUUGCAAAAAUAAAGAAGAUAUAUACAUUGGAAAUCCUGAAAUAUUUGUAUAUGCACGUCUUUGUAAUCGUAUACAUGACGCACAGAUACCACCAGAAGAUAAUGAAGACGAUGAAACCAAUUGUGAAUGGUGGCCCUGUCAUACUCCGUACACUCGAUGUGAUAAGGUUUUGCAAUGUGCUAAUGGUAUCGAUGAAUUGAAUUGUCCUGAUGCUAAUUGUAAUAUUAAUGAAUUUAAAUGUUUAAUUGAUUAUUCAUCUGAUGAUCAUUAUUGUAUUCCUCAAGAAUAUAUUUAUGAAAAACCAAUCGAUUGUAUUAAUCAUGGUUUUAAUGGUCAUGGUUAUCUAAAUCGAACUAUAAUUUAUUCGAAUAAUUUAACUUUUAAUAUUAAUAAAAAAUAUAUAUCAUGGAAAGAAAAGGCUUGUUUAACAAAAAAUGAUGUUUGUGGCUAUUCAUCAACUAAUGAUCAACAAUUAAUAUGUAAUAUUGUUGAAAACGAUAUUCGCAUUAAGUAUGCAUUAACAAUAGAUUUAUAUAAUGGAGCGUCAUGUCGGAUAUUAUCUGAUUCUAGCGAUCUUUAUAAGCGUUAUUAUUUUUCUACAUGGAAUUUAGGAUAUUUUCCACCAGUAAUAAACGAAACAUCAUUAUCAUCUCAACAAUUUAUCAAUAUUAACCCAAAAGAAUCUCUCAAAAUCAAUACUAGUAUUGAAUCAAUCGUAUAUUGUAAUCGUGGAAUUGUUAUAUUUGAAGGAAAAUCUUAUGAAAAGAAAUGUUUAUGUCCACCUAAUUAUUACGGUGAUCGAUGUCAAUGGCAAAAUCAACGUAUUAGUUUAACACUUCAGAUACGUCCAGUAGGUUCACAUAAGAAUAAACAUUCUAUUUAUGAUAUAUUUAUUUAUUUAAUUGAUGAUGAAAAUGAAAUAAUACAUAAUUAUGAAAAAAUUAAUUAUAUGACAUCAAAAGAUUGUAAUACAAAAUACAAUCGUUAUUUACUUUAUCCUAAUCAACCAAAAAAUCCUAAUCAUACCUAUUCAAUACGUAUUGAUAUUUAUGAAAAAUUAACAUUAUUUAAUUAUUAUGCAAGUUGGAAUUUAUCUAUUCCAUUUCCAUUUUUACCAGUUAAUCGUAUAGCAACACAACUUCGUAUUCCAUCAGAAAAAUCUCAACCAUUAACAAAUUGUUCAGCUCAAUGUGGAAACCAUGGACAGUGUUUUAAUUAUAUUAAUACAGCAAAAGAAUUUUGUCUUUGUAAUCAAGGCUAUUCAGGUCGUUUUUGUAAUAUAACGUAUAACUGCUCAUGUUCAUCGGAUUCAAUCUGUUUAAAUUCAUCAAUUUGUUUAUGUUCAUUAAAUAAAUUUGGUUCAAAAUGUUAUUUACAAUAUACAUCUUGUCGAUCGAAUAAUAAUUCAUGUCAAAAUAAUGGUCAAUGUAUAUCUUAUAAUAAUCAUAUAAAUCAUGAUGAUUUUAUUUGUUUAUGUCCGGAAAAUUCUACUGGACCUUAUUGUGAAUAUCAACUAAAUAAAAUUAAUAUUAAUUUUAAAAUCAAUUCAAUUCCAUUAUCAAUCAUUGCUCAUUAUAUUAUUUCACAUGAUAAAAGAAGACAUGAAAAAAUAACAAAGUUUAAAAAAAUUUCAUUGGAUCAAUUUUCAAUUGAAUUAUUUUCUCAAAUUCCAUUUAAUUUAUUAUUUAUUGAAUUUGAAAAGAAUUUUUAUCUUACUGUAGUAAGAGAAAAAUCAAUUCGUUCUGAAAAUAUUGCUACUAAUAUAAAUCAAGAUUACAAAUGUGAAAAUAUAAAUAAACUUUUAAAUUCAACAAUACUUAAUUACACAAAUCUUCGUCGAUUAAAAUAUUAUCAAUUACCAUGUAUAGAAAAUCUCAACUUAAAAUGUUUUUAUGAUGAGAAAUAUAUGUGUGUUUGUGAUAAAAAUCGUUAUUCAAAUUGUUUUGAUUUUAUUCAUAAUGCAUCCCAUAAUUGUCAAGGUAAUAAUUAUUGUGAAAAUAAUGGCGAAUGUCUUCAAGAUAAUAUAACUUGCCCAUCAACUUCAAUAUGUAUAUGUAAGAAAUGUCAUUAUGGAAGUAAAUGUCAAUUUAAUAGCACGGGUUUUAGUACAUCACUUGAUGUUAUAUUUGGAUAUCAUAUUAAACCAUUUAUUUCAUUUACAAAACAAUCCAGCGCAGUAAAAAUAACAGCAUCCAUAACAAUUUUAAUGUUAAUAUUUAGUAUUAUUAAUGGAGUAUUAUCUACAUUAACUUUUAAAAGUGAAUCUUUACUUAAAGUAGGUUGUGGAAUAUAUUUAUUAACAAAUUCAAUCAUAUCAAUAUUAACAAUAACUAUAUUUACAAUAAAAUAUUUUCAACUCAUUGUUUUUCAAAUGAAAUCUAUAACAAAUACAACAUUUAUUCAUUUUAGUUGUAUUUUAACAGAUGUAUUAUUAAAAAUUCUGCUUAGUUUUGGUGAUUGGUUAUAUGUAGCUUUAGCCAUUGAAAGAACAUUAGCUGCUACACAAGGAAUAUAUUUUAAUCAGUCAAAAAGUAAAUCUAUAGCUAAAUAUGUUAUACCGAUAAUAUUAUUAUUAAUAAGUAUAUCUUAUAUUCAUGAUCCAAUAUCUCGUCGAACAAUUCAUGACAUUGAUGAUGAACAAAGAGCAUGGUGUAUUCUUGAAUAUUCAACAAGUUUAAAAAAAUAUGAUAAAUUUAUAAAUAUAUUUCAUGUUUUAAUACCAUUUAUAAUUAAUAUAUUAUCUGCUAUAUGUAUUACUAUUCAAGUAUUUCGAAUACGUGUCAAAACAAAGAAAAAAUCAGCAUAUAAAAAAAUUCUUUAUGCUCAAAUUAAACAAAAUAAACAUCUUCUUAUAUCAUCAUGUAUUUUAAUAUUAUUAUCUAUUCCUCGUUUAAUUAUUUCGUUUUUAUCUGGAUGUAUGGAUUCAAUACGGAAUCCAUGGUUAUAUUUAACAGGAUAUUAUAUUUCGUUUAUUCCACCAUUACUUAUUAUUAUAUUAUUUAUUUUACCUUCAAAAACAUACAAACAGGAAUUUAUGUCUAUUAUACAAAAAAUAAAUUUUAUUUCAAAAUAA